AAUAUAUUUAGAUUCUAUAUUGAUUUUUUUUCCUUUUUUUCAGUUUUCAUUGUUUUUUAUUUUUUAAUAUUUUGUUUUAGUUUCAGAAAAGUACUUGAAAACAUCUCUUCCUCAUAUAAUUGUUUUUGAGCUCUCCCAGUCUCCGAUUACAAACAGAAAACAAAAAACCUAAAAUAAGAUCGAAGCCAAAAAAAAAACAAAAACACAAAAACAAAACCUUCGGGAGCUCCUUUUUGCAUGGUGCGUUCUUCUUCAUCGUGUCUUCGUAAAACAUAACUAGGAACGUUUCAACUCGUUUUCCUCUUCAGGUUAUGGUAUUUGUAAAUGCAGCUACAACAAGGGAAGAAGAAGAUCAUAUGUGACAUCAUUUGAUCUCUCAUUAACGAAAAGAGUGUGCGGGGUCUUAUAUAAUUAGGCAAAUGGAUGAAAACAACGCGGCAAAGCUAACAGGAAUCAGGCAGAUCGUGAGGCUUAAGGAGAUUCUGCAAAAAUGGCAAACCGUAACGAUAGGCCCCAAGUCAGAUGUUCCUCCAUUGGCGGCUGAGCUGAUUGCACCGGCCAUCAACAAGAGGCUGUUAGGUGUAAAGAACGCUGACUCGGAUGAGGAGAACUGCCAAAGCCCUGAGCCGCCUCAUGAUGUUCCUAAAGGGUAUCUUGCGGUUUAUGUUGGACCAGAGCUAAGGAGGUUUAUCAUACCGACAAGCUAUCUCAGCCACUCCCUGUUCAAGGUGUUGCUUGAGAAAGCAGAGGAAGAGUUUGGUUUUGAUCAGAGUGGCGCGCUCACCAUCCCUUGCGAGGUCGAGACUUUCAAGUACUUGCUAAAAUGCAUGGAGAACAAUCCUAAAGAUCAUCAACCUGAUGAUGAUGACAACUCCGAUGGGGAUGCAGUAGCAGAAAAGGAAGAGUAAAUACAAGCCAAGUGACAAAAAAAAAAAAAAAAAUCUUUUAAAACUUUUCAUUUGUUACAAUGAUUCUUGUUAUCUUUUAAUUAAUCAUAUAUACUGAUGGAAAACUAUUAGGGAUGAUAACUUUGGGGUGUAAUUGUAAAAUCAGGUCAUUUUUUUUGUGUGUGCUCCUGGUUUUUUUUAUUUAUUUUCUCUCUUUCUUCUCCAUUCUUUGUCAAUGACGAUAUGAGUUUUCUAGGACAUAUAUAUAUAUAUAUGUUAGAUGUGAAA